AUGGCGUCCCUCCGCGCCUCCCUCCUGCUCGCUGCCGUGAUGUGCGCGCUCGCGGCGUCGUCCGCCUCCGCCUCCCGCGACCUCCGCUCGCGCCCCACCCAGUUCGUCGUGCGCGGCCGCGUCUGGUGCGACACCUGCCGCGCCGGAUUCGAGACCCCGGCCUCCACCUUCAUCGCUGGAGCGAAGGUUAGAGUUGAGUGCAAGUCGAGAUCUACCGGGGCCCAGACAUGCAGCUUCGAGGGUCACACCGACCACACCGGUACCUACAACAUCCCCGUGGCCGACGAGCACGAGCACGAGCUCUGCGAGUCUGUCCUCGUCAGCAGCCCGGACACGGCAUGUGCCAAGGCAGUCGCUGGGCGGGAGAGGGCCCCUGUCUUCCUCAACAACAACAACGGUGUCGCGUCCAACGUUCGGUUGGCGAAUGCUCUGGGGUUCGAGAAGGACACCCCUCUGGCUGCAUGCGCGCAGAUCCUCAAGAUGUACGAGGAGGUCGACGAUCGCGUCUGA